GCCCCGGCGCCGCCGUCCGCCGUGGGGCACCAUGGCUGCGGCCGCCCGGCUGCGGCGGCGGCUGCUGCUGGCGGUGCCGUGGCGCUGGCGCUGCAGCCCCCGCCGCGGCAGUGCCGCCGUCCCGUCGGCGGGGCAGAUCCGCGCCGCCUUCCUGCGCUUCUUCGAGGAGCGCCACGGCCACCGCCGCCUGCCCUCGGCCCCCGUGCGGCCCCGCGGCGACCCGCGCCUCCUCUUCGUCAACGCGGGCAUGAACCAGUUCAAGCCCAUUUUCCUGGGCACGGUGCACCCCCGGAGCGAGCUGGCCCAGCACCGGCGGGUGGUGAACAGCCAGAAGUGCGUGCGCGCCGGAGGGAAGCACAACGAUCUGGAGGAUGUGGGCCGAGAUACCUACCAUCACACUUUCUUCGAGAUGCUGGGGAACUGGUCCUUUGGGGAUUACUUUAAGGAGGAGGCAUGUAGCAUGGCCUGGGAGCUGUUGACAGAGGUCUAUGAGAUCCCCAGAGAUCGUCUCUACGUCACCUAUUUUGGUGGAGACCCCUCACUGGGGCUGAGCGCUGAUGAGGAGUGCAGGGACGUGUGGCUCCGCCUGGGGGUUCCUGCCAGUCACGUGCUUCCUUUCCCAUUGAAGGAUAACUUCUGGGAGAUGGGGGACACAGGUCCCUGUGGUCCUUGCACAGAGAUCCACUAUGACCACGUGGGCGGUGGCAGAAAUGCUGCAGCACUGGUCAACCAGGGCAGCCCAGAUGUAGUGGAGAUCUGGAAUUUGGUCUUCAUGCAGUACAGCAGAGAGGUGGAGGGGAAUCUCCUUCCUUUGCCACAGCACCAUGUGGAUACAGGAAUGGGUCUGGAAAGGCUGGUGACAGUUCUGCAGAACAAACGCUCCAACUAUGACACAGAUCUCUUCACUCCCAUCUUGGAUGCCAUUCACAAGGGCUGCAGGGCACCCAGAUACCAAGGUUUGGUGGGGGAUGCUGAUGCUGGGCGUGUGAACAUGGCUUACCGUGUAGUGGCAGAUCAUGUGCGCACCCUGUGCGUGUGCAUCACUGAUGGCAUCUACCCAGGCUUCUCUGGAGCAGAACUGGUGCUGCGUCGGAUCCUGCGCAGGGCUGUACGCUUUUGCUCUGAAGUUCUGCAGGCUCCACCUGGGCUCCUGGCCUCCCUGGUGCCUACUGUAGUGGAAGUGCUGGGAGAUGCUUAUCCAGAGCUGACAAGGAAUGCCAACCAGAUCAAGGAUAUCAUCAAUGAGAAUGAGGCCGCAUUUCUGUCCUCCCUGGAGCGUGGGAGGCGCAUCAUCGAGCGGACAGUGCAGCAGAUGGAGCCAUCCACAUAUUUCCCAGCUGAAGUAGCCUGGUCUCUCUAUGGGAGUUUGGGAUUCCCUCUGGAUCUGAUUGAUUUGAUGCUUGAAGAGAAGGGAAUCAGUUUGGAUUCUGCUGCUUUUAAUGAACUUGCACUGGAAGAUGCAAAGCGGAAGGCUGGUGGCCCGCAGGCAGGGCAGCCGGGGAACACAAACACCCACCUGGAUGUGCACUCUCUGGCUUGGCUGCAGAGCAGCAAAGUGCCUGCUACCGAUGACUCUCCAAAGUACGCCUACAGGCUGGGGCAGCAGGGCCAGUACGAGUUCAGCCCAUGCCAGGCCACUGUCCUGAUGCUGUACAGAGAUCAGUCUCUCCAUAAGGAGGUUGGGGCAGGGCAACGCUGUGGUGUCAUCUUGGACAGGACUAACUUCUAUGCAGAGCAGGGAGGGCAAGACUCUGACCAAGGCUACAUGAUACGUACAGGACAGCAGGAUGUGCUCUUCCCUGUAGAGUCAGUUCAUCUCUGUGGUGGCUACGUGAUCCAUGAGGUCACUGCUGUGGAAACCCUGCGUGCUGGUGACCAAGUGCAGCUCUUUGUGGAUGAGGCGCAGCGCCUGGCCUGCAUGACAAACCACACUGCCACCCACCUGCUGAACUUCGCGCUCCGGCGUGUCCUGGGUGACAGCACCGAGCAGCGGGGGUCCCACGUGACGGCACAGCGCCUGCGCUUCGACUUCGACACCAAGGGCCAUGUGACUGUGGAGCAGCUGCAGCAAGUGGAGCAAGUAGUCCAGGAUCUGAUCCAAAAAAAUGAGGUGGUGUAUAUGGCUGAAGUCCCCCUCACACAGGCAAGAAGAGUUCAGGGACUCCGAGCAGUGGAUGAGGGGUAUCCAGAUCCAGUGAGGAUAGUGUCCCUGGGGGUCCCUGUGGAGAAUGUGCUGACCUGUGACUCUGAGGCUGCAAUGCAGACCUCUGUGGAGCUCUGCUGUGGGACGCACCUUCUGCAAACAGGAUCUGUGGAAGAUCUGGCUAUCAUCAGUGAGCGUCAGCUUGUCAAAGGGAUUAGCCGUGUCAUUGCAGUGACAGGGGGACAAGCCAAAGAGGCCCGGGAAGUAGGCCAGUGCUUGGCUACAGAAGUGGACUCUGUCUCCCUACGAAUGAAGCAGAGGAUCACCUCUAUUCCUGAGAUGCAGAACCUGUCCAAAGAAGUGGGCCAGUUGAUCAAAGUGGUGGCCAGCGCUGCAAUGCCCCAGUGGCAAAGAAAAGAGCUACAGACCAUCCUGAAAGCACUGCAGCGAACAGCCAACACAGCCAUCAAGAAACUGGAGCUGCAGCAGGCUGAGAAGGCAGCACAAAUCUUGCUGGCAAAAUACUGCAACCAGCCUGUCAUCAUUGAUACUGUCCCGGCUGAUUCCCUCUCUAUCCUAAUGAAAGUAGUGAACCAGCUGUGUAACAAGUCUCCUGGCACAUCUGUCUUGCUGCUCAGCCCUCAGGCUUCGGGUGAGGUGCUCUGUGCCUGUCAGGUAUCCAAGAACUGCAUCCCCACGUUCUCUGCUGCUGACUGGGCCAUGGCUGUCUGUACACAGAUGGAAGGGAAGGCAGGAGGCUCUCCCGUCGUAGCUAAGGGCAGUGGAAAUGCCAGAGGCAUGCAGGGAGCCCUGGCUACUGCACUGGAGUUCGCUCAGAGCAAACUGUGAUGCUUUAGUGCCAGGACAGCUGUAUGCACCCAGCUGGACACUUGAUACCAAGCUUAUAUUCUGCUCAUCUGAAAGGAUUAACAGAUGAACGUUGCUGCCUUGGAGCACUUGACUUCUGACCAUCCAGGAUCAGCAGAGACCCCACUGACAGAAUGAUGCUGCCUGUUCUCAGCACGAGCAUUGGGGAUGAAGCCUUGGAAAGCGCCAGUUGCAACAGCAGGUCCUGCUUCUCGUGGAACAGUGCAAAUCUUGCCACAAGACCAGCACAGAGAUUUUGUGAGAACAUGGGGAGUUGGCACUCUUAUCUUAAAGCCAUUAAAGGGUAGAGAGUAUCCAGUCACCUGGUAUUUCUUGUUAGCUGCACCUUUUUUAAUUCUGCCCUGGCAGAGAGGUUCAUUCUGCCCCUGCAGCUCCAGAAGUCAGCACGUACUCUUGUCUAAGCAGUUCCUUCCUACUGCAGAACUCAGGACACCCCUCUGAUUAAAAACGCUACUCUAAUUUAGAAAUUAGAGAAAUCCCACCUUGCUGCUGGACUCAGGCUUGUUAGGCUAUGCAAUGGGUAGUGCUGAAGCCAGUCCUCAGCACUGAGGGAGCAAAAUUGUCCCCCCUCUCCACCUCUUUGCUUUGGAUAAGUGUUCUUAGCUCUGUCUCUUCCUGCCACUCCCUUGCAAGUCAUUGUUUCUGGCUUCUUACUGGCUCAUACCUAAAAACCAACACUGAUAUAAUGAAUUGUGAGAAUGGAAACUGUUGCUGUGUUGCAGCAUGGAAAUCCCUGCAGCAGGUCUGUGCCCUGCUUUGUGUUGAGGUGAGCAGGUCUCAUAAACUGGUUAUUUUUCACAAGCCGUGGUGGACCCAGCAAAUUCAAUUCAUAAAGACGUUUCAGCCUUCA